CUGGCUUGGAGCGAGGAGGCGCGGGUUUGGGGGACGUGGAUCCGCUGCCCUCGGCAUCGUUUUUGGCAGCCUACGCGGCGGCGCGGACACGCAAGCAGCACCAGCUUCAGCAGGCGUCGGCCGCCACGCCAAGCCGAUCGCGUCUGCAUCGACUUCGUGCCGGGUAUCGCGCGGCUCGAACGGCCGUGUCGCAAGCCUUGUCCAACGUCACCGGUGGCCCAAGCCCUCACGCAGCCAGUCACGCCGUGUCUGUUCACGCAGGCAGGAACGAGUCCUCCGAGUCUGCCGAUUGCUGUCGUCGGUCCCGGGUGGCUCGUGCACCCAUCUCUGGACGCACCUCUGGCACAGCUAACAUCUUGCCUCCGCCACAUUUGUGCAGCGCCGCGUCUCCAUUUUCAACCGAAGCCAUGGCCGGCGGUGCGGCUGCUGCCGGCGAGCGCAUGGCGCCGCUCUUUCUCCAAUGCGUUGACCACAUUGGAAUCCAAACGGCCAAUGUGAGCCGGACUGUUGACUUUUACAAGACCAUUCUGGGUUGUGAUCACAAAUACAGCAGCGAAGUGGAUUUUGGUUUCGAUCCUGCGCUCAUGACCUGUCCAGGCAACAACAGUGGCGUUGCCCUCUGUCCGGGCUCCUCACGCGGUCUUUCCUACAUUGCCUUUCGCGUCUCCGAGCAUGGCUUUGCUCAUGCCCAAAAGCUGCUCAAGGCGCGAAACAUCCCGUUCAAGCUCAAGGGCAAACACACCAUGCAAGGCCUCAUCUUCACUGAUCCCAUCAACGGCUAUCAAAUUUGGCUCACCUGUUGGCCAAAGAGCAAGACCUCCCACGCAACCCGCCAGAUUCCCCGCUCCGCUAUUCGCAAGGUGGCAGCGCGCUCCUUUUUCGGUGGUUUACUCUCGGGAGUGGUCAUCACUGCGGCUGUCGCCAUUGUAGCCCUGCGCUACGUCGACAAAUAGGCUUUUGUUUGUUUUUGUUUUCUCCCGGUCGUCGAAAUGAACCGGAAUGGGGAGCGAGAGAGGCAAGAGAAGAAAGCUCGAAAGGGUGAGAAAAAAGAAUUGGAGAAUGUUGAGCAAGGGGUGGUGGUCAGACAUACACUGGUCAUGUCUCUUAUCGUUAGGAUGCAGAGCAUGAGGGCAACUCAAAUCGAUUACAUGAUAAC